CGACAUAGACGCGUUGAGGAGACGGAAAAUUCCAAGAGCUCAGCACGACGCAACCUUUGGGCCCAAUCACACGGAAUUUGAACCAUCUCAUCUGCGAAGCUUAUGCGAUCAAGAAGAUCCCUAUAAUGUCCGAAUCACUGUCGCCAAAUCGCGGCAAUACGCCUUCAGCAGUCCCGACGUCCCAUGUAGACUCUAGCCACGCACCCUCUGUGCCGUCACCGCUCAAUCCAGCAGCGUCUGCUAAGCCAGUGCCAAAGCCUAUCCAGCGUGAGCAGCGAGAGAAGAAAGACACACUAAAGAAGCGUGAGGCAACGGCUGGGCGAAGUGGCACUCCAGAUGGCAAAUCCGCAAGCAAGAAGCAGAAAGGCCUUUCAGUGCCAUCGCCCAUGCGCUACAGCAUUCCCGAGCCCAAGCUGAGUGACUACGAUCCACCGCGCGAUACUGUUUUUGUCAGCCAUGAGCCUAUGCCUUUGUUCACUCCAGACGGAAAGACGGAGCUGCGCAGAGCAUACGACCACGCGGAGAACAAGAGGGCAUAUCGAUACUCGCCCUGCGUCGCAGACCCUCUUUUCCACCACAAGCAGUACUACCGCUCAACAGAGCAGCGGCCGUAUGGUCCAAGAAUGAGCAUUGAGGAUACAGAUCGCUGGUUUCACUUCGAUUCCACGGCGACGAUCAUCACGAACGAGAAGGGUUGGCGAAUGUCGCGUGCAAAUGUUUUCGCGCGGGAAGGUAGUUUAUAUUAUGAAGUUAAGAUCUUGAACGGCGUUCCAGCAGAAGGCCCUGUUAUACCAACGGGACAAGAGAAAACACCCCAGCCACACAUACGGAUGGGUUGGGCACGAAGGGAAGCGCCCCUUGAUGCGCCCGUCGGCUUCGACGGCUAUAGCUAUGGCAUUACGGACAUACGCUUUGAAACCAUGCAUCGCUCUCGCGCCGGUAAAAUAAUGCUUCCUCAACCGAAGUCAAAGUCAAAACCCAAAUCGAAGACCGCAAACCCUCCGCCAGUGCACGAGAACGACCACGUACGGACGGGCGACGUUAUCGGCCUCCUCAUCAAGCUUCCCUCCCUCGCGCUCCACAGAAAAGUUGUAGAGGGCAUCUACAACCCUGCUGUCGAUGUCUCCGAUGGCUUCGAUGAACCACCCUCUGGCGCCGAUGAUAUCAUUCGUGAUCGCAUUCCUGUUCCCUUUAGAGGAAACGUUUACUUCGAGCAGUUCGAGUAUCAAGCUACAAAACCUAUGGAAGGCUACUCUGAUAGGGGUCCGUACAAUAAAGUCACACCGCAUCCGAACCACGAAGAUGUGCAGCUUCGAAGUUUACCCGGAAGUGAGAUCAGAGUGUACAAGAACGGUCAGUUGAUAGGAACUGCGUUUGAGAAGUUGCUCGCGUUCUUACCGCCAGCGUCAACCGUUCCCGUAGGACAGGGACAAGGCGCGAGGAGUGGCUUUGAUGACGGAAGUUUGGGCUACUAUCCAGCUGUCGCUGCGUUUUGUGGGGGGAUUGCGCAAGUCAACUUUGGUCCUGAUUUUUGGUUCCCGCCUGUGGAUCUCGGACUCGGAAGUGCUUCAGACGGUACCUCCGCCGGACGAGAAGGGGAUGUAGCGAUGGGAGGGACAAACGAAGAGGUCCAAGACGAAGUGGCGCGGAAAAGGAGGGUCAGAGGCAUAGGCGAGAGGUGGCGUGAGCAGAUUGCGGAAGACAUUGUAUGGGACAUCAUCGAUGAGGUCGAUUUUUACGUGCAAGACGGAGGUCCUCAGUACGUCCCUGAAAAGCCGGGUACGAGCACCGGGACAGCAGCUCCGAUGGCCAGGGGCAUCACGGGACGAGAAGACUGAGAGACUCACAAGUUUUCCAUGCGCAGCAGUUCUGCAAGGCAUACUCUCAAUGAGCAAGCACGAUAGUUUUGUCGAAAACCUCCCAGGAUGAGCAAGCGCUUAUGACCCAAUGUGAAGCACAUAGCGCGAAUGCUGGCGAUUUCAAUUGAAAGUGUUUCCAUUGCAAAAUCAGACGAAGGGCCCUAGUUUUUCCUAUCCACCUGACGACGUGCCACAAAUAAAGAAAGUCCCCCCGGAAAAGGCUACAUCGGCGACUGGGGCAUGUCGAGCGUCAAACAACUGAUACG